AUGUCUAGUCGCCGCCAGCCAGCUCGUCAAGCGCGCAGUAACCCCCCACGAUCCGCUCUCCUCGCCGGCUCAAUCGCCGGUCGAGAUGCCCAUGGCCACGACCAGCCGAUCGACAUCUUCCCCGCCAUAACACACUUUACCGACGCCAUUACCUCAUUGCCAAAAGAUCUUGUUCGCCAUUUCACACUGCUCAAGGAGGUGGAUGCCAAGAUCUUUCAACCCGAGGAGCGACUCUUCCAGCUGGUAUGCGACGCCAUCAAGUCGGAGCCGCCCGCACAACGACCGACGACGGACGGCUCUGGCAGCUCUGCGCCUACGCCGGCACCCAUGAGCGCUCAGAACAGCGUCAAUGGCAGCCUUCCCACCGCCCCCUCAAACGAUGCGAGCUACAAUGUCGCCGUCUAUAGUCGCGAUAAUGUCCCGCGUCGGCAAUUAUUCCGUGAGACUGCCUUCAAGAUCCAAGAGAUGCUUGUGUCCCUCGAGGAGAAAAACCACGUCAUAUCGACCGCCAACGAGGCGCUCUCCAAGCAACUUGCCCGUAUCGACAAUGUCUGGCCUCACCUCGAAGGCGAAUUCAGUGACGAAGCCAAGUGGGGUAGCAACACACACUGGGCGUACCCAGAAAAUAGAAUUAAAGCGAGUGCCACGGAGCGAUCGCGACGAGACGGCGCAUCAGCUAUCACUGCCGCCGCCCAACAGCUUGCUGAGGAGGCAGCUGCGAGAACAGAGGCUAGGAAACAGGCCGUGGCAGCUAAGAAGAAGCAACAUCAAGACUCGGAUGCCGACGCUGAUCAGGAGAAGAAGAAUGAACCAGCUAAGAAGUCUGGCACGAAGAGCUCGCGCAAGGCUGCCGAGGCUGCUGCUCCGGUUGGUUUAGGCAUCACAACAGAGACCAAUGGUAACCCACCGCCCAAAAAGCGAAAGGUCGAAAACAAAGACAAUAAAGAGAAGCUGGCCAGUAAUGGUGGACAGCCGAUGGAACGCGCGCUCAGUGGCGUCUUUGGAAGCAGUAGCGGUAAUACCAAUUCCAACAGUGCAGCCUCUAAAGCGAAGACCUCGAGCCCAAGAGCCACGCCAGCACCAGAAGCGAGUGCGUCCAAGAAGCGCAAGGCUCUGCCUACAGUGAAUGGCGGUGCUCAGCCAAAGAAGAACAAAAACGCACUGCCAGCUGCACUAUCACCUUCGGUCACGACGUCUCCCAUACUGCCCAACUUCGACCCUAGGACGAUCGGCCGUGGCUCACCCGUUCCUCCAGUCCCGGCUGCUCGUCCAACCACUUCACGAGCCCGUAACAACUCGACAGCCUCAAACCUCGCACAGCGUCCAUCGUCAUCGGCAUCGAACAAACCUAAUGGGGUUAUCCUCCCGGUACCGGAAGUCAUGCCAGCACCCAGCGGACGAGUCGUCCCAGAGGUCAAGCCCACGACGAAAGAAACACCAGUACCUGUCAAGAUUGAGAGUACACCCAAGGAAGAUGUGCCGCAACCUACUGUUCCCUCAGCAUCUGUGCAGAGUCGAAGCAGGAAAAAUUCGGUAGUGAAGGAAGACACGGAGCCAAAGAACGACAUGGCACAAGUGACGCCACAGAUGGCUACGCCUCUCGUGACUACUAAGAGUGGACGAGCGAGCAAGCCCUCGACACCGGCUCUGGCUGCUUUCCCCGAAACCGCCAGAACUGCUAGAUCAUCGAGAAAUACGCAGGCUGGCGGCGCAAAACGAAGCCACAAGAAGGGAGCCUCACUCCAGGCAGCACUCGCUGCUGCUGCGCAAGCUGCCGACGACGACGCCAAUUCUAGUGGUCAAGGCGAUGAUGAAGGCGACAUUGACGCCAACGAGCCCCGGUAUUGUUAUUGUAAUAAUGUUUCAUAUGGCGAGAUGGUCGCUUGUGAUGCCGUCGAUUGUGAAAAGGAGUGGUUCCAUCUCGGCUGUGUUGGCCUGAGAUCAGCUCCGAGCUCAAGUACGAAAUGGUAUUGUGAUAAUUGCAAGAAUCGCAUGAAAAAUGGCGGGAAGAAAGUAAACGCCCGAUAG